AUGAGCUCAGGAGACGCGGAUGAGGUUGCCUCCACCAAGGAAGAGUCGCUGCCGACGAUGGAAGAUAACACGAAGGCUCAGAAUCCCCUCAAGAAAGAUCCUCCGAGACCGCAGCCAGAGGAAAUUUCUGACGCGUCCGGUUUGACUGCUGAGGAGUGGAAGGUAUAUGUGGACGAAGCAAACAAAGCAUUGAAAGAAUAUGUCGAUCUAUACAACUCUCAGAUGGAUAUGCUCCUUCUCUUCGCCACCCUGUUCUCCACCGUUGUUACCGCCUUCGUCAUCGUGUCGUAUGGAAGCUUGCAAGCGGAUACGAGCGAAACCUCUCUACAGGUCCUGCAGGACAUUCUCGCGACACUUCAGUCCAAUGGGAGUGUUCAGAAUAACCAGACCGCUACUGCCUCAGUGCCUUUCAAGCCCACGCCUUCCGCCAUCCGGAUAAAUUCCUGCUGGUUCGUGGCGCUUGUUCUCAGCCUGUGCACGGCAUUCCUCGUCAUCCUGGCGAAGCAGUGGCUUCUUAGCAUUACAGCCGACUUCUCCGUGCACAUGGAACAGAAAGGCCGACAGCAUCAGUUACGAUGGAAGGGUAUCGGGGACUGGGAACUGUCGCUGAUCAUGGCGUCUCUCCCCAUACUCUUGCACAUCUCCCUUAUCCUGUUCUUCGUCGGCCUCAUCGAAUUCCUGUGGUCCACGAACACUACUGUCGCGAUUCCCGUCAUCUGCCUCACCGCUGCCACUGCCGUGAUAUACACCGUCACUCACAUUCUCUCGGUGUUGUCACCCACGUGCCCAUACAGGUCAUCUGCCACAGACCUGGUCGUGUUCCUGUUCAGCUCUCUGGCACGAGAAGUCACAGCGGAAGUAAUGACAGCUGGUGUAGCAAUGCUAAAACUUGCGCUGCUCGCCAUUCAAGGCACACUACGGUGGAUGUCUCGAAUUCUUGGCAGACCUUCCAGGUGGAGGCAAGCGCUUAGAAAUCGCUCGCUGUGGCAGGCAGGCAUGUCGUCCCUCGCGCUCAACACACGAUCCAUGGAAAACCGUCACAUAUCCCAAUACUCUUCUCUGAUAGACUCUCAAGCGAUUGCCCGGAUGGUUGGAGAAUUCCCGCCGUCGGCAGAUGGCACCCGGAACGCUCUUUUGACACAUCGCAUCACUCAUUACGGCUGUCUCCUUGCGCACAGGUCUGUGCUUACGGAUUGUGGGGCGGUCGCACUUUUAGCCCGACAACUACGUUCUAUUCUUCCUGCCGAUGGUCAACUGCAGUCAUCCAGUUAUGAAGAAGCAGUCCCUGUACACUUUGACAUCGUCCUCGGCCUGGCCGAAUACUCGCAGAACAACAUUGGAGAAUCCUUGAAGACCACCCACCUAUGCGAUCCUGGCGCUGUUUUACCCUACGAGAACGACACCGUGAUCUUUGCCAACAUGCUCAGGUUGUCCAUGGUCGUGUCAUCGGACGAAUGGUACAAUAGCGGGCUUUACCAGUCUGCUUCUCUCUUUUGCCAACGGCUAGAGGACGCUGCGACAACAGCAUCGUUGGAUGACACAGCCUUGCAGUCAUUCGUGAAUACAGUCGUAUAUCUCUCCUUUUUCCCGGUGGAGGACAGCUCACGUCCCGACAACCAAUCAGACGUCGAAUUAAAACACGACACUAUGAUCAUGCAUGGACUUACCGCACUUGUCCGCCAUAGGCCGGAGAUGGGCAUGCCCGUUCUCCGCCAAAUCUGCUGGGGAGUCUGGUUCUGUUCACAGCCUAGAUGGAGGAUAGGCAGUGGUUAUCUUGUUCCAGUGAUGAAGACAGCCAACCAUCUCGUCCGGCCCAUCGUCGCUCUCCUCUCCAGUCUUCAUUCCAACUCCUCGAUCCCCAUCACCGUCCUUACCAUCACUGAAGCGCUUUUGUGUCCCGCUUCAAAAGGGACCACUGAAGAUGUAAACGACCGCUCACAUCUUCGUACUGCUCUUGUGGGAGCGUUCCCGACCUUCCUCGAGACAUUGGAGGGGGAAAUACAGACUAAGGCGCGUAACGGGUCAGAUUUGAUACAAUUAGCCUCGCACGCCAUCCGAGCGUAUGGCCGCAUUGUCAGUGCUUCCGCAGUCAAAAAUGAAGCAUCGCCACACAUUGAUUCUGACAGCGGCUUGUACCAAAAGACAACUCGGGUCUUCACCUUGAUCGACUACAUCCUCGAACAUUUCGGAGAGAUAUUACCUGACAACCAAUCGAAGACUGCUCGCGACACGUUCGUCGUGGUCUACGUCAUUGGACAGCUGCAGAUGGCACCCCAGCCGGGGAGCGACAGUGCAUCGUGGAUCCGUGUUACGGCCUCGGAUCGCGGGCAGGACGACAAGGCAGCUCCAAUGCAAGCUGACGAGGCGGAUCAACACGAGACGAAUGAGGCACAUGGUUUAGUGGAGGGUGGCGCGCGUAACUCGCUGGAGACGGAUCUGCCUCGACGCGGCAGCAAUGCGGCAUCUCCUCGCGAUGAUGACCACAAAGUUCAGCAGGACGUCGCCAGUGCGCCAGAGCAGCAAGCCAGUUCGCCCCAUAAGGAUGAUGGUGCAGCGGAGCCAGAGGGUACCUCCGAGCCAAGGGAGUGUUCGGCCAUUGACCUCGAGACGAUUUCACCUGAGAAUAUUGCUGAUGCGUUUGCUGAUUCCCUUCGGAAAUCCUCGACAGAAUCAUCUCUUCCCGAAGAUAUCAAUUCCUACUUGAAGACCCUCGUGCGGAUGAUCGCCGCGCUGCCCACAAUGGCGGAUUCCGACCACGAAUUCUCUGGCGUGCUCUUGGAAUGCCUACGCAGCCCCUCGCGUGGACUGAAAAAAGACCUAGAACAGAUGCUGCAGCCGGAAUCACAACAGUCAGAAUACAAUGCGCCAAUACGGGAAGCGCUGGAGGUCAUAUCGAAUUCAGGGACCCUACUAGAGUCUCCGAAGAAGUCGUAG